AUGAAGAACGCUCACCCGAUUAUAACAGCCACGUCGUCGUCGAGCCUGGUCAAUCCGGAUUCUUCGUCUUCCAAUGAACCUACGGAACCGAUCAUCAGAUUGAAGCUGGACAAGCCGCUCCACUGGGAGUGGGAGCUGACCACGUCCGCGGACACGCUUCCUGUCAUCCAGCUGCUAGACAAGGAUGGCCGUUUGUUGGUCGAGACGACUGGACGAACGGCGCAACGUGCCAGAGGCUCGUUUCGCGAAGGUCUCACGUCGCACGAAGAGUUUCCGGAGAAACCUUCCACUCUUUCGUCCUCCUUUUCGUCCUCGUCCGCGCCGAGCACGGUGAUUCAGCUUCCCUUGCAGGGGAACCGGAACGUCGACGGGUUCAGCUCCAAGUUCGGCACUUGCCAGUUCGGCUACAAGCCCCGGAAGUCGAGGAGCGAGGUGACCGUGAAAGAAAGAGAGAAGAAAGGGAAGAAGAGGUACACAGGAGGACCAGAGACUACUGUGAAACAAAACGAAGACACGAAAGCAUUCUUGAAGAGAUACUCCAGUGGAGACUAUCUCCGACAGCAGAUCAUAGACGACCUUCGAACGAAGAGCACGAUAGGUAAGACUCCAGAAGCAAUCGCAAAAGAGAGGUGUAAGAAGGUUAAAGCUUACCUGAGAAGUCAGAGCGAGAUUCUACCUAAGCUAGUUCACGUGGAAGAAGAGGAGAGCAGCGACGGUUCUAAGUUAAAGAUUGACAGAAAGGAGGACGAGAUUCGUAACGAGAGAAUCAGGGACGAAAUCUAA